CCCGAGCUCGAGCGGACGCCCCGCCCCGCCCAAGCCCCGCGCCCAGCGCCCCUCGCCUUGCAGCGGAGUGCUGUGCCCGGGGCGGGCCGGGCCGGGGCGGGCUCGGGUGCGGUGGACCGGGCGGCAGUGGGACUUCGACAGACGGACCCGCGCGGCACGCAGCGACCAGCCUCGGGCUCCACGGUGGAAGAUGCACAGAGCAGAUUCACCCAAACCACCAGUUGCUCCCAAACCGAAGGUUACCACCAGUCCUUCUUCGCCAGCAGCCAAGUUUCCACCGUCACCCAGACCUGACAGUUUCCCCAGUCCUAACUUCAUGUCCAGGGGCCCCAAACCUCCCAUCGCUCCUAAGCCCAGGCUGGCUGGCCCCGGUGAGUGUGGCACUGGUGUGUACCUGAACAACAGCCUCGGCAAAUGCAGCAAUGGGAGGCUGCCCUGCAAGGACCGGGACCUGUGUGAUGGGCACCACUCCAGCCUGAACUGUUCUGAGUUGGAGACUGAUGAGGAAUACAUCAUGGUCCCCAGGGCCCCACAGAGAGAGGAUGCUCCCAUGGAUGGGGCUUCUGGGGAGCAGGGGAUCGAGGAGGAAGCCCAAGAGCAUGGUACAGAGCAGAUGGGGACUGAGGGGGACCUGGAAGUCCCAGACGAGGAGGCACCAAGCAGAGACAACGAGGAAGACAUGGGCCACACUCCGGAAGGUGAAGAAGACUGUGAUCCUGAUCCCGAGACCCCAACAGCCCCAGAUGAAGGGGUGCUAAGCAGAGAUCGUGAGGGAGAUGGGGAAGACGGUGACCAGGAGCCAGGAAUGGAGGAGCAGCCCAUGAGUGAGGAGGAGGAGGCAGAAGAGCACGUGUACAGCCUUGAUGAUAGGGCCCCCCGGGAUGAAGAGAUCGUUCUCACACAUGUCAGCUCUGAGUCCUCUGAAGUUCCCUGUUGGGAGCCAGGGCCCCCCGAGACUCCUGGGGAAGUAGAAGUGGAUAGUAACGAUGGAUAUAACAACACAGAACCUGGGGAGCCCCACCAGGACACUGAACAGGACACAGAGGAUGCCAGUGAGCUAUCCCCUGAAAAUGGGGAGGUGCCCCCAGAUAUCCAGGAGCAAGAGGUGGCAACUGACAGCCCUGAGGUCUUUGAGGAGGACUGUGAAGAUGCUGCAGGAGGCAGGGGCCAGGCAGAGCAGGAGGAACCACCCGCUUGCGAUGAGGAAGCCUACAAUAGAGAAAAUUCAGCAACCACCAUGCAGGUAGGGGAGGACUCCGGAGAGGGUGGAGAGCCUGGGCAGGAGGACCCUGCUGAGGAGAACUGCCAGAUCAUCCCCUUUGAGAGCGUCAGCAUGGAGGAGGAUUUCUCAUCCACACUCACAGAAAGUCCCUACGAACUCUUCCCAACUGAGAGCACCUCCUUCUGCAAUGAUAUCUGUUCCCUUUUGGAGUCAGCCAAGGGGCAGGAGCCAGUGUGCGGAGAGGGGGCUCCUGGUACUGAUCCUUCACUUAACAAGCACGAGUCCCUGCAGGAUGGAGCUGGAGAUGCACCCCCUGUCCCCGAUGUGGUGGUUGUACCAGAGAAUGAGGAUGCCUCAGACGACGCACUCAGCAGUCCCUACGUGAUGGGCGCUGGAUUGCUGAGCCUCGGAGAGGGAACACAGUCAGACACUCAGGCUACGUCAGGCACUCGAAGUGGGUACAGCACCUGGGAGGAAGGGGACUCUGAGGGUGGCCUGGUCCCAGUGGACAGGAAGAAUAUUGCCACAAGGGCCCGGCCCCACUCUGGGAAGGUGGCUGGUCACGUUCCAGAAACUGUUCUAGAAGAAAUAGGACCAGAAGCCUGUUCAUCAGCUGUGGGUACUGGAGACGCCAGUGAGGCAUUGAGAAAGAUAGGUGUGUUGCCAGAGGGAAAGCCCCCUGAGUCUGGCCGGGCCUUGCCAGCCAAGCCCAGGGCAUUCACUCUGUACCCAAGGUCCUUCUCUGUGGAAGGCAGGGAGAGUCCCCUGUCUUUGUUCCGGGAGCCAGAGGGGGCUGGGCUGGACGGCCACCGAGUGAGGAAGAAAGAAGACAGCCUCUCUCUGCCAGGCGCCAUUGGCUCCUCUGGCAGCUUCUCACAGCGCAGCCACCUGCCAUCCAGUGGCACCUCCACACCAUCCUCUGUGGUUGACAUCCCGCCCCCUUUCGACCUGGCCUGCAUCACGAAGAAACCCAUUACUAAGAGCUCCCCUUCACUCCUGAUAGAUGGCGACACCCAUGACAAGGCCUCCAAGAAGAAGAAAUCCUCCUUCAAGCGCCUUCUGGAGCUGACGUUCAGGAAGAAGUCGGAGAAUAAGGUGCAUAUGGACAUGAACCUGUCGUCUUCCAGGUCCUCCUCUGAGUCCAGCUACCACGGCCCAGCCAGGGUCCUGGAACUUGACCGCAGGAGCCUCAGUAACUCCCCACAGCUCAAGUGUCGCACUGGGAAGCUCCGCGCCUCUGACUCCCCCGCCUCCCUCAUCUUCUACAGGGACAGCAAGAGGAAAGGGGUCCCCUUCAGUAGGACGGUGUCCAGGGUGGAGUCCUUCGAAGACCGCUCCCGACCACCCUUCCUGCCCCUGCCGCUCACCAAGCCACGGUCCAUUUCAUUCCCCAAUGCCGACACUUCGGACUAUGAGAAUAUUCCUGCCAUGAACUCGGACUAUGAGAACAUCCAGAUCCCGCCUCGCAGGCCGGCGCGGGCCGGCACGUUCACAAAGCUGUUCGAGGAACAGAGUAGAGCCCUGUCUACGGCAAAUGAAAACGAUGGCUACGUGGACAUGAGCAGCUUCAACGCCUUUGAGAGCAAGCAACAGAGUUCAGAGCAGGAGGCCGAAAGGGUCUCACUGUGUAGCCCUAGCUGGCCUGGAACUUGCCAAAUGGACCAGGAUGGUCUUCAACUCAAAGAUCCCCCUGCCUCUGCCUCCCGAGGGCUGGGAUUAAGCGCCUACACUGAGCCCUACAAGGUCUGUCCCAUCUCAGCGGCUCCCAGAGAGGACCUCACGUCAGACGAAGAACAGGGAAGCUCAGAGGAGGAGGACAGCGCUUCGAGAGACCCCAGCCUCACACACAAGGUUGAGGGACAGUCCAGAGCCCUUGUCAUCGCUCAGGAGCUGCUGUCUUCAGAGAAAGCAUAUGUGCAGAUGCUGCAGCACCUAAGCCUGGAUUUCCAUGGAGCCGUCCUGAGGGCCUUGGAGAACAUAGAACAAGAGGGCAGAGAGCCACUGGCCCAAGAGGAGCUGCGGCAGGGCCUGCGGGAGCUCCCGGCUAUCUGUGACCUUCACCAGGGCAUCCUGGAGAACCUGGAGCAGAGGCUGGGGGAUUGCAAUGGGGAGGGCCAACAGCCACAGGUGGCCGACAUCUUCCUGGUCCGCGAGCAGGAAUUUGAACACCAUGCUGCACACAUCCUGCAGUUUGACAGGUACCUGGGGCUGCUCGCUGAGAGUUGCCUGCUCUCACCCCGGCUGGCCAGCACCGUCCGGGAAUUUGAGCAGAGUUCGCAAGGGGGCGGCCAGAGCAUGAAGCAUCGGAUGCUACGCGUAGUCCAGCGCCUCUUCCAGUACCAAGUGUUGCUCACUGAUUAUUUAAACAACCUGUGCCCGGACUCAGCCGAGUAUGACAACACUCAGAGUGCUCUGACUCUCAUCUCCAAAGUGACAGACCGUGCCAAUGAGAGCAUGGAGCAAGGGGAAAACCUGCAGAAGCUGGUCCACAUCGAGUACAGUGUGCGGGGCCAAGGGGACCUCCUCCAGCCAGGAAGGGAGUUCCUGAAGGAAGGAACGCUGAUGAGAGUGAGAGGCAAAAGCCGACACCCCCGGCACCUGUUUCUGAUGAACGACACACUUCUCUACACACAUCCCCAGAAGGAUGGGAAGUACCGUCUGAAGAGCUCGCUGCCAGUGGCCAGCAUGAAGGUCAGCCGUCCCGUGAUGGAUAAAGUACCCUACGCUCUGAAGAUUGAAACUCCUGAGACCUGCCUGACACUGUCUGCAAGCUCCUGCGCGGAGAGGGACGAAUGGCACUACUGUCUGAGCAGAGCCCUCCCGGAGGACUACAAGACCCAGGCUCUGGCUGCCUUCCACCACAGUGUGGAGAUCCGGGAGAGGCUGGGGAUCAGCCUCGGGGAGAGGCUCCCCACCCUGGUACCUGUCACGCAUGCCAUGAUGUGCAUGAACUGCGGCUGUGACUUCUCGCUCACCGUGAGGCGCCACCACUGCCACGCCUGUGGCAAGAUUGUGUGCCGGAACUGUUCUCGAAACAAGUACCCACUGAAGUGCCUCAAGAACCGGAUGGCCAAGGUCUGUGACGGCUGCUUCCGGGAGCUGAAACUGAGGAAUGGGCCUGUCCCCGGCCCCAUGAGAGAGCGUCCGGUCAGCAUGAGCUUCCCACUGUCCUCCUCCCGCUUCUCCUCGGGCAGCACCUUCUCCUCCGUCUUCCACAGCAUUAGUCCUUCAACUUUCAAGAAGCAGAAAAAAGUCCCUUCAGCCUUGGCGGAGGUGGCCGCAUCCGGAGAGGGCUCGGCCAUCAGCGGCUACUUGAGCCGCUGUAAGAGUGGCAAGCGACGCUGGAAGAAGCUCUGGCUAGUCAUCAAGGGCAAAGUGCUCUACACCUACCUGGCCAGUGAGGACAAAGUGGCCAUGGAGAGCAUCCCUCUGCUGGGUUUCACUAUUGCUCCGGAAAAGGAGGCCGGCAGCAAUGAAGCUGGGCCAGUCUUUCACCUUUACCACAAGAAAACCCUGUUUUAUAGCUUCAAAGCAGAGGACAGCAGUUCUGCUCAGAGGUGGAUGGAGGCCAUGGAAGAUGCCAGUGUGUUAUAGCAGUCACCAGGCACAUGGACUCACACACACACAAAAAAAAACUCUUACAUUAACGUGUGAACCCUUCCAGAGGCUGCUCCUGGUCUCAGCUCAUCUGGAUGCACGUGUGGGUUCUGCGUGGGGCUUGACCUUUCCCCUCCCAGGUAGAACCCUAAGGGAUAUUUAUGGACCUCUUUUUUUCUGCCUCCAUGUUUCCCAGCCCCCAUCACAAACUGUACCCUAAUCUAAAAGUGAGUUAAAAUUUAGUACCUUGAAGACAUGGAAACGAAGAGAAAAGGACAUUUAGCAACAUGGGCUUUUUAGUAGAAACUGGCUUUUCCUGGUUUUACUCCUAGCGAAUAGGACCACUUUCGACUUUCUGCAAUGUCCAUACGGUGCCUCAGGUGAUGUGGGAACCAGCCAGAAAGGAGCAGCUGCUCAUGGAAACACUUCACCACCCUGCUGAGCCUACUGUGUCUUCUGAGAGAUGGACAGGAGUUGGCCGCAGGCAGGUCUGGGGGCUCGCUUGCUGUGGAAAGUUGACUCCUACAGCCUUUCGGUGGUUUGCCAGGCUUAAGGAGGGAGGGGACCAUCUUCCCUUCCUAAGGUCUUGCCACCUGUACUGCCGCAAACUCAGCCAGAGACUGGUUCCCUUCCUCCCAGAAUCUUCAGCACCACCCCAGGGCUGCCACUUCAGCAGCACAGAACCCUCUAAGAUGGAUCUACAUCGGCUUUAACUUCUGUGUGCCUUCCUGUGUAUACGCUGUGCACACGGACCAUGCUGUUGAUGGGAAUUGUUUUCACGGGAACACAUAUUCUCGAGCUGUAUCACCCAUGACAGUUUACUGUUUGAGAGAGGUAAAGAAGAAAGAGAGAAGUGGGCAGUCAUCAGAAAGUGGUCUGGGCGGAUAAAUGGCUUGACCACUGCAGAAGCACUGUGUGGCUGGAAAACACGUUGCACACCUAGGCUGAACCACCUUGCAGCUGGAAGAUGCUUUGCACACCCAAGACAAAGUGCACCACCUCCCUCUGGGCGCCUCCCUCUGGGCGCAUCCCUCUGGGCACCUGAGGCGGAGCCACCUCCUGCUGGUCAGCUCUUCACGCUGGAUGGAUUGUACACAAUGUAUUGAGGAGGGGCAGGAUUCCUCCUCAUUCUCACCGCAGUUGGAAAAAAAAAAAAGUAAUUGUCAUCAUUUCCUGAAAUCUCUUAUUACCUUCUCCCUACAAAGAGGAUUUUUGUAAAAUGUACCAUCUCAAGGACUUAUUUACAUUAAAUAUGUUCAGGGA